CCGGACCGCCGUCCCCCGGCCUCCUCUGGGUACCAACUCUAUUUCGCUGCGCACUGCCGUGCGUUUAACCCAGGCGAGGAGGAGGAGGACAAAAUUCCCCCAGAUCCGGGCAGGCCCCGCACCCAACAUCCCGUCCUGUUUUGAGAGGAGGAGGGAAGAGAAAUAACGUGGCAGCGCAUAUAAGGCCAGUGGGGAGGUUGGGAACGGGUGACAGGAGGGGAACGCAAUUUGGAAACAAUCCAGCCAGUUCACUCCCACCCUCACUCUCCGGAUAUCUUCCCAGACCACUGCCCCUCCCUUCUCCUCCCCCGGCCGGCCCCUCGCCUUUGGGGUGCUGGGAAAUGGGAGUGCCAGCCUCUGGAGGGGAGAUGGCGGGUUUGGCGCUGUUGGGGCUUCACAGGAGGGGGCACUCUGAGAGAAUGUGGGAUUAAACCGCCGUGCUAACUCCCAGGCUGCUCUCCAGACACCUCCGGCCCACACAGCCCUUCACUCCCGUUUUUUCAGCCCUGCACAAGGAGUUCGGUCUGUCCUUAGGAUGAAGCUCUAACUAAACUGAAGGAAGGUGAAGCAGACCUGAAUCCUUGGAGGUCUGUCUGCUUUUUGGGCCCUGUACAAGUACAUGCCUGGUGGAAGAGACUAAAGUGCUCCUGUUCCCAGCAGGUUUUGGUCCUGCUAAGCUUGCAGCCCGAGCCUGAGCUGAAGCGCCUGGUCCAGACGUGACGCAUCCCACUUGGGCAAGUCAGCUACACGCUCUCGGUCAGAGAAUUAUUCCAUCUGCACCAUGAGCCGCGUUCGGGAUGCUGGCUGUGUAGCCGCGGGGAUAGUGAUCGGGGCUAGUGCCUGGUACUGUGUCUACAAAUACGCCAGGGGAAGAAACCAGAUGAAGAAGAGACUGCCCAAGCCCAAGGCCAGGGCUGUGGCAGGGACUGGAGCCAGGGCUAGGGCUGGGAUAAGGGCCGGAUUCACAAUUGACCUUGGGCCCGGAUUCGGUCCUCCAAUCCCAGUUCACCCAGGGGCAGAGGACAGGGCCCAGGAUGAUGCCUCUGUUCUGGACAUGACUGGAGCUGAGGCAGUCGCCCCAGCUGCACACAGUGCUGAACCUCAGAGUGGGGCAGGAAGUCAGGGCCAGGAAGCAGAACAAGCUGGGGCUGCGCCUAAGGCGGAGCCAGUAGUUGUGGCCUCAGCACCUUCUGUAAUGGCUCCAACCCCCGGGGAAGCAGAGGUUCCCUCAAUGGCAGGGGCUCCCAAAUUGGCAGAAGCCUCUAGCCAAGCAGAGGCGCCUGGGGUGUCUCCUGGGGCGCCAGCACCUCCCGAGGCCACUGCGGAGGCUCUGGUACCCGCAGCGCCUACUGCGUUGGCGGCAGCAUCCCCCGGGGCUGCAGAGGCCCCUGGGACUUCAGGGUCUCCUAGAACAGCCGCCACCGCCAAGAAAGCGACCCCUGGGGCUCAUACUGGAGCUAUACCUAAGACCGGGUCGGCGACGGGAGCUGUACCCAAAGGUGGAGCCAAGAGCGGAACCAGGUCCCGGACUGGAGGCAAGGGCAAGGGCAAGAAAAACAAGGUUGAAGUAGAUGAAUUGGGGCUGGGCUUCCGCCCUGGGGAUGGGGUUGCGGCAGCUGCGGCAGCCUCCGCUAAUGGGGGACAGGCUUUUCUGGCAGAGGUUCCUGAUUCUGAGGAAGGGGAGUCUGGGUGGACUGACACAGAGUCGGAGUCAGACUCUGAGCCUGAUACUCAGCAGAGAGGGAGAGGAAGGAAACCCCCUCCCAUGCAGAAGCGCCCCUUUCCUUAUGAAAUUGAUGAGAUUCUGGGUGUCCGAGAUCUCAGGAAAGUACUUGCUUUGCUACAAAAAUCGGAUGAUCCUUUCAUCCAACAAGUAGCUUUGCUUACUUUGAGCAACAACGCCAAUUAUUCAUGCAACCAAGACACAAUUCGAAAAUUGGGAGGCCUCCCAAUUAUUGCAAAUAUGAUCAACAAAACCGAUCCCCACAUUAAGGAAAAAGCCUUAAUGGCCAUGAAUAACCUGAGUGAGAAUUAUGAAAAUCAAGGCCGUCUUCAGGUAUACAUGAAUAAAGUGAUGGAUGAUAUCAUGGCCUCUAACCUGAACUCCGCAGUACAGGUAGUUGGACUAAAAUUUUUAACAAACAUGACUAUUACUAAUGACUACCAGCACCUGCUUGUCAAUUCCAUUGCAAACUUUUUCCGUUUGCUAUCUCAGGGAGGUGGAAAAAUCAAGGUUGAGAUUCUGAAAAUACUUUCGAAUUUUGCUGAAAAUCCAGAUAUGUUAAAAAAACUGCUCAGUACCCAAGUGCCAGCAUCGUUUAGUUCCCUCUAUAACUCUUACGUGGAAUCAGAAAUUCUUAUUAAUGCCCUUACCCUAUUUGAGAUAAUCUAUGAUAAUCUCAGAGCAGAAGUAUUCAACUACAGAGAAUUCAAUAAAGGUUCCCUUUUUUACCUAUGCACUACAUCUGGAGUGUGUGUUAAGAAAAUUCGAGCCUUAGCAGAUCACCAUGAUCUCUUGGUGAAAGUGAAAGUCAUAAAACUAGUGGACAAAUUCUGAUUGGCUAGGUGCCCUC